AUGCUCUUUACUUACUCUCUCCGGUCAUUCCUCGUGCUCUUCUUUUUCUUACAGUUCACUAUUGCCGAACGGAAAUGCUAUGCGCUCGAUGGCACUCAAUUAGGCGACUCCUAUGGGGCCUGCGAUACUAGUGCAAAACACAGUGGCUGCUGUGCUGUUCACGGUGCAGCAGGCGCAGUAGACCUCUGCCUUUCCAACGGACUUUGCAUGGCUACCAACGAGAAAUAUAUGGGUACCAUAUGGCAAGUUGGAUGUACAGAUCCAACCGGCAUGGAUCCGUCAUGUCCAGAGAUGUGCCCGGAUGCUCGUGAUACUUUCGCCAAUGGCUCCAGCGUUUCUGCCUGGAACGUCCAGAUGUGCGAUUUUGGAAGCUAUUGUUGCCGCGCAGCAGGUGACCUUCGCAGCUGCUGUAACAACGCGACAGCACCUCAGAUCAAGACCAACUUCAUCGGCGCAUUCCAAUUUGAGACAUCCACAGAUGGAGCCUCUUCCACAGGCCAAAUUCUCGCCGCAGCCGCAUCAUCGACCAACACCUUUCCAACUGCAUCUACUCAGGCAGACCUUUGCGCCGCCGAGAAACGCCGGACCAAUGUUAUAGGAGGUACCCUGGCUGGAUUCUUUUGCGUCGCUAUCAUAAGCCUGCUGGCCGCCAUCUUCUUCCUCUUCCAGAAAGAAAAGAAGCAGCGCAAGUUGAAAGAGCAUUACGAGGAACAGUUUGCAACAACCAGUUGGCGUGCAUAUGGGUCUGGGAUGCCAUCUCGGACCACCGUCGUUGAAGGAGACCCGACGAAGGCAGAGAAGGAUCUCGAAGUCCGGUAUAUUGGAAGGCAGAACACAUGA